AUGCCGAGUAACAGAUUGAGGAAAUGUUUGCUCCUGGGAGGUAACCUGGCAUCAGUGCACAGCCUUCCCCAGUAUCAUUUCCUUCAGUCUGUCAUCAGGAAGAGUACCAAGAAAUUAAAGCGCACCUGGAUUGGAGCCAACGAUGCCAUCAAGGAGGGUCUUUGGCUGUGGAGCGACGGGUCCAGGUUUAUCUACCAGAACUGGGCCCCGGGUCAACCCUCUAACUCCGACCACUUUGUUGUGAAUGACAACUCGAACAGCCGGGAGCAUUGUAUGGUGAUGAACUAUGGAGCUUCCCGCGGUCAGAAUGAUUCCCCCUGCUGGUACAAACGUCCCUUCCUGUGUUCCAGAAAGCGCUGA